AUGCAUAAAUCUGGGGCGGUGAUGGCGUGGAAUGUAUUCAAAUUCUGCCGAGCCCUGAGGGGGCUGGGGUCGACCACGAUAUUACUGGUUCUUGGCAUUGUCGGCCUCACCUAUUAUGCGGUGGUGAUAAACACUUAUUGGCCGGGCCUCGAAGCCGGCCGGCCCGAGGCAUUACUUUCUUUGGCCGUCUUGAUCUUGUUCCACUGUCUGUUGGCAAUGCUAUUGUGGAGUUAUUUUUCUGUUGUUUAUACGGAGCCGGGUAUUGUUCCUCCAAAUUGGAGGCCAAAAGUGGAUGAAGAAAGAGGAGAUACCGACCCUUUGACCGCAACAGAAUUUUCAGCAGACCUGAAGAACAGGAGAAUCCGCUUUUGUAGAAAGUGCAACCAGCUAAAACCACCUCGUUGUCAUCAUUGUUCUGUUUGUGGGAGGUGUGUGCUUAAAAUGGAUCAUCAUUGUUUAUGGGUAGUCAAUUGUGUUGGGGCAUUGAACUACAAGUAUUUCCUUCUCUUCCUGUUCUAUACAUUCCUUGAAACAAGUCUUGUUACUUUAUCAUUGCUGCCACAUUUUAUUUUAUUCUUCACUGAUGAUGAUAUACCUGGGACUCUGGGAACACUUGCAACCACUUUUCUAGCCUUUGUAUUAAACUUAGCAUUUUCUUUGAGCAUUUUGGGAUUUCUGAUUAUGCACGUAUCAUUAGUGACAUCAAAUACCACAACCAUUGAGGCAUAUGAGAAGACUACUCCUAAAUGGCGUUAUGAUCUUGGACGGAAAAGGAACUUUGAACAGGUAUUUGGAACGGACAAGAGGUACUGGUUUAUCCCAGCUUACUCGGAAGAAGAUUUGCGGUGGAUACCUGCUCUACAGGGUCUUGAAUAUCCUUUGAAGCCUGAUCUGGAUGUCCAAGAAUUAUGA